AUGGGAUCGACGCUGCCCAUCGCGCUGCCGGCGCUCAAGACGAACCCCAAGUUCAUCUUCUUCACCGACUUCGACGGCACCAUCACCAACCAGGACAGCAAUGACUACAUGACGGACAACCUCGGCUACGGUACCGCCCUGCGCAAGAAGGGCAACGAGGACGUGCUCUACGGCCGCCGCACCUUCCGGGACUCGUUCGAGGAGAUGCUGAACAGCGUCAAGACGCCCUUCAACGAGUGUGUCGACAUCCUGUGCAAGAACAUCACCCUCGACCCGGGCUUCAAGUCCUUCUUCGAGUGGGCUCGCGAGAACAAUGUGCCCAUCGUCGUCCUGAGCGGCGGUAUGACACCCAUCAUCCGCGCUCUGCUGGGGCACCUCCUGGGUGAGGAGAAUGCGGACACCUUGCAGAUUGUGAGCAACGAUGUUGCGGCGAGGGAGGGGAAGAGCAUCAACGAGGAGGGCGGGUGGAAGAUUGUCUUCCACGACGACAGCGGGUUCGGCCACGACAAGUCCCUCGAGAUUCGCCCCUACGCCAGACUCCCGGCCGAGGAGAGGCCGGUCCUCUUCUACGCCGGUGAUGGCGUGUCCGACCUGUCGGCGGCCAAGGAAACCGACCUGCUUUUUGCCAAGUCGGGCCGGGAUCUCGUCACCUACUGCGAGAACGAGAAGGUUCCCUUCCAGACGUUCGACGACUUCUCCGAUAUCCACAACACCAUCAAGAACAUUGUCGCCGGCAAGCUCACCGUUACGGAAGCUGCCACGGGCAGGAAGUUAGCUUGA